AAUUGAUAAACUGACGGAUUUCCAUUGGAGUGUCGUACCUUGUACACCGUCUUAUUCUUGUCUCGUACGCUAAAGAAGUUUUAAGUAAAACUACAAUUGUAAAAGUAAAACACUUGUUACUUGUAAGUUAGCGUUUAAACGUUGCUUACUGCGUUUUGAACAUUUGUUGUUGUGUAAAUGUGUCUGGUGUAUCUCACGUUAUCGUUUCGUUUAACCGUAACAUCACUGUCCACUUUUCUCAAUAUUAUAUUGUUUUAACGUGCACUUGGAUAUUCUGUGUUUUUUAUUAUUUUUUUUAAAUUUGCACAAUUUAUUCAUCGUCACUGUAGGCAAAUAGUCUGCAGACGUUUCUGUACGUAAGUAUUCGAUAUAAUCAUUUAGAACCAUGAACAAAGACGAUGACUUGUUUGAAUUCGACGCUCCCAAGACAUUCGUCAAUCUGUACGAGAUUGCAAAUGCCAAAGACGACGGUGCCGACAGAUUUUUUGAUAUGGUCGAAAAAUUGGAAAGUGCUAAAUCUGAACCAAAUUUGGGAAUUAUAAAAAUACCAACUGUGAAUGGCAAUGAUGUUCUAGAGGAGAAUAAGGAAAAUUUUUCACCUGAUGAUCAGUUUGAUGAUCAAAAUAUUAAUUCAUUGGCCCAUCAAUUAAUUCGUUCUGCAAAGAAAACAAGAACAUCAAAAUUACAUAACAGACAUUCAAUUACUGUGGAAGGAAUUGAAGUAGAGUUACCGCGGAUCAAACAUCAUGCUAUGAUUACUAGAUUAGAUGAACUAGAAAGCACACCUAAAUUAGAUUUGCGUACUCGUUCCGUUGUUAAAUCCGAGUACAAAUAUGAACACAUUAAAUCAGGUUCGCAAGAAAAUCUUAUAUUAGAUAAAAGUUCAAAAAAAUUCAUGAGUAUUGCUGAAAAAGUCAGGAAUUACUUCAACAACACACCGCCUAGGUUUCAUUCUAAACCCACUGUCUCAGCUGGUUCAAAGGUUUUUAAAUCUAGAAGUCUUUUUCCUGGUGCUUUUGAGCCAAGUAUAAGCUCAAAUAAUACUACUAAUAUUAUUGAAAAUAAACCAACAAAAAGCAGUAAUGAAAACAAACAGAAUUUUAAUAACCUAAAUAUAAAUAUUCCUACGAGCAGUAUCAAAGUGCCUAAUAAAACUCAAAAAAUAAAAGUUCUCAACUCCCAAGGUGGAGUUCAAGUGGUUGAAAAUAAAGAACUUGGACAUGGUGGUAUAAAAGUUCUAGAAAAACAAUUACACACUGUUCCAAAACCAUUUAGCUUUGAAUCUCGUAAAUCGUGUGCUACCAAACCUCAAGUUGUGAAAAGUACAGAGCAACCAUGGUCGUUUAAAGCACGACCAGCUACAGUUUUAAAAAAAAAACCAUUUGUUCCUAAACACGAAAAAAAAUAUACUGAACCAAAAAAUAUACGUUUAAAUACUGAAAGACGUGCUCAAGAAUGGAUGGUUUUUGAACUUGAAAUAAAAGAGAAGUUUUCUCAAUAUGAAGAAAAUACAAGAAUGAGACAAGAAGAAAUGAAAAAAAAAGAAAUGGAUUUGAUUAAAAAUAUGCGUCAACAAACUAUUCAUAAACCAGAACCAAUUAAAAAAUAUAAGCCCGUCUUAAUAAGAAAAUCUGGAAGACCAAUUACUGUACCACACAGCCCAAGGUUUUCAAUUCGUCCAAAUAGGAAUUGUUUAAACUCCAUAUCUGAACAAGUCUAAAUACUGAAAAAUCUAAUUACCUGAAUACCAACAUUUAUUUUUAUAGUGUUCAUUUUUUUUCAUUUUAAAUUCUUAAAUCUUUUUAUUUAAUAGUGAAAAAUAGUAAGACAAAUGUAUUGUAAAUAUCAAAUGUAUUGAAUAUAUUGACUUGGGAAUAGCAAAAUUAUUAAGUUUGAGGGAAAACAUUUUGCUUUAAAUAGUAUAAACGUGAAACAAAUAAGGAAUAUUGUUAAGUAAAAUUUGUCUUCUUUGUUAUACCAAAUUGUAUACCUAAAUUUUCUAUUUUUUUUUCUAUUUAUGUAGUUUGAUGAUGUAUGACAUAAUUAUCUCUUUUAAUAAAGUAGCACUUAUUUUGUACUAUAUUUUUAUAAUAUUAUAAUAAAUUUUAUUACUAUACAUUA